UAUCUGCAGCUUGUACUUCUGGGUCUCCUUCCUCCGUUGCAAAGGGAGCACGUGCGAGCGAAUAAUUGCGUUACAUUCCGUCUCACGUUAGAUAAACAUUACGUCGCUUUACGUAGAAGGUGCUACACUCCUCCUAGUCUCUAAUGUCGAAUAAUACAAUAAAAAAGAACUGCGCCGCGCGUUACAUUUAAAUGAAAAAAAAAAAAAGAAGAAUUAAACACUGCUCCUGCGUUCCCGGGAAUUCUUUUUUAAUAUCAGGCUUCGGAGACAAUUACUCGGGACAUGUAACCAAGGUCGAGGACACCAUGAGGUUUUCCUGCUUUCCAAGGCCAAACAUUUUGGGACAGAGGGGGAGCAUCAAUCUGACACCUCUUCCAGGGAACGAGGAAUCGUCCGGGAUAACUCACGAGCACAUAUAUCGACAGUUCCCGAAUCAGCUGGCCGGAAGCUCUUCGGAGAAACUCCCGGGAAAUGGCAACGGGCUCAGCGAAAUACCCCAGAAUGGCGACGUCAACGGUCCCGUUGUCAUGAGCUACAGGCGAUCCGACGACCCUGACCUCGGCAACAGCGUCAUCCGGCUGGUACCAGGAUCUGCACUUCCGGGUACGUGGGGUCCUUCCGAGCACUCGAACUCGAAAGGUAGAGUGACCUUCUCUGAGAAUAAUGACUCUCGUCAUCAAGACCGGAAGUCGGACACUUCGUCAUCGGAUGAGCCGCACACGAAUAUUCCUCGAGGUGGAGUCAUCGGCAGGACUCCUACCCCUCCUUCGGCACCGACGCCGAUUUACGAGAAGGACUCUCGGGCGAGGAGUCUCAUCAAGACCGCCAUUUUGGAGAACGAGUUCCUCGGUAACCUCGAAGAAAGUCAAGUCGAGACACUUGUCUCCGCCAUGUAUCCGAAGCAGAUUCCAAUCAACACUCUUGUCAUUCGCGAGGGAGAUAUUGGGUCUCAUCUAUACGUAUCAGCCGAGGGUGAAUUCGACAUAUACGAAGGAAACAAAUUCCAGAGAAGCUUCGGACCCGGAGUGGCUUUUGGAGAACUCGCCUUGCUGUACAACACGAAGAGAUUGCGAUCCAUCAGCGUUAAAAAAGGCGGCAAAGUAUGGGUCCUGGACAGGUCCGUGUUCCUGACGGUGAUGAUGAGGAGUGCCCAGGACAGACUAGAGGGCAACAUCCGGUUCCUGCGGGGAGUUUCCGUUCUCCAGAAACUUCCCGAGCCGAGGGAGCUCCUCCUUGCCAAAAUCUCGGAUCUCAUUCGCGUCGAAUUUUUCCCCGCCGAUGCUCGCAUAGUUCGCCAGGGAGAGAGGGGCGACAAAUUCUACAUAAUCAGCGGCGGGAACGUAAGGAUAACGAAGGACACCGAAUACGGGGGCGAGGAGGAACUCGUCGUCCUGGGAAGAGGACAAUAUUUCGGGGAAAAGGCUCUUUACGACGACGAGGGCGACAAUCGACGACAGGCGAACGCAAUUGCUCUAGUUCCUGGCGUGGAGUGCUUGACCCUAGACGGAGCGUCCUUUCUGAAUUACCUGGGGGGACUCGAGGAAAUCCGCAACAAAGACUGGAUGGCGGAGUACGAGAAACAGAAGCGCUCGUUGACCCCGAAGAGAUGGACGAACGCGUAUGCAAAUUUGGUAUUGAGUGACCUGGAGACCAUAGGAACCCUCGGCGUAGGUGGAUUCGGCAGGGUCGAGCUGGUCACUCUGAAGUCGGACCCCGAGAAGAGCUUCGCCCUGAAGAAGCUGAAGAAGAAAGUGAUGGUCGACCAGCAACAACAAGAGCACGUGCUCAAUGAAAAGCACAUCAUGCAAGCUUGCGACUCGGCCUUCAUUUGCAAGUUGUAUCACACGUAUAAAGACUGCAAGUACGUGUACUUCUUGAUGGAGGUGUGUCUGGGUGGAGAUGUAUGGACCACUUUACAGAGGCGAAGACAUUUUGACGACCCCACUGCCCAAUUCAUGGUGGGAUGUGUAGUCGAAGCUCUUGACCAUCUUCACUCCCUUAACAUUGUCUAUCGCGACCUUAAACCUGAAAAUCUCAUGCUGGACACUCGCGGCUAUCUGAAACUGGUGGACUUCGGCUUCAGCAAAAAAAUCGGACCCGCCAAGACGUGGACUUUCGCGGGCACGCCGGAAUAUGUGGCUCCGGAGAUUAUCCUUAACAAAGGACACGACAGGGCAGUGGAUUACUGGGCACUCGGAAUUCUAACCCACGAAUUGUUGGUCGGCAAGCCUCCUUUUCGUGGCAACGAUCACAUGACGACAUACAACAAAAUCCUGAAGGGUGUCGAGAUGGUCGGCAUCCCUAGUAUUGUUAAUAAAAAUGCCAGCAAUCUCAUCAAGAAGCUCCUACGAUUGUGUCCGUCCGAACGUCUUGGCUAUCAGAGAAAUGGGAUCCAAGAUAUUCGGGAUCACAAAUGGUUCUCAACUUUCAACUGGGAAGCCCUGCGCAGAUUGGCCUUGCCGGCUCCGAUCGUACCGACUGUGAGGUGUCAUACCGACACGAGAAAUUUCGAAAGGUAUCCACCGGACAGAGAAGUUCCUCCUGACGAGUAUUCCGGAUGGGACAUGGACUUCUGAUAACAUGGAAUCAUCGAGUGAUCAAUUAUUAUCAGCGACGUGUUCGGAAUCCCCGAAAAAUCAAAUUCUAUCAGGCGAUGAUAUUACCGCGAAGUGUGGAGGAGAUUUUAAAUUAUUCAGCUUAUUAUACGCACUAAUGUAUAAUUUCGCCUCUGUACAAACAGGCUAGAUGAUAAGACGUCGAUUAUCGGCGAGGCGAUUUUUUUAUUAAACAUUUUGAAAAUAUAUAUGGCACGAUCGUUUACCAAGGAUCUGGUUAAGAACGAGAAGUCAUGUUUUUAAUACUUCGUGGAGCUGUAUUUAAUUUAUAAACAUGUCUUGAAAAUGUAUAAAGAGCGCUAGAUAUUUUUACAUUAUCAAAGUAAUGUUUGUAACAAAAACCUCCGAUAUCAAAACACUUGUUUUUAUAACUCGGAGGAAUAAUAAAGACGAGCUAAAAACGUC